CAACACCGUAGGGGAGAAAAAACAAACAUUUGACAGUGUUUGUUUUAGGAUUCGUGAAGUGUUUCCACAAUGUCUACGAAAGCAGAGCAAUUUGCCUCUAAGAUAAGAUACUUGCAAGAGUAUCACAACCGCGUGCAACACAAUAUUUACCCCGUGCCCUCCGGAACAGACAUUGCAAACACAUUGAAAUACUUUUCCCAAACCCUGCUCAGCGUUCUGCGUGAUGCCCCGUCAGACCGCGGGGGGCAGGGGCAGCAGAGUCGGGACGCUCAGCUCUCAGAGUACCCCUCUCUGGACUAUCAGGGGCUCUAUGCGACCCUCGUGACCCUGCUUGACCUGGUGCCCCUGCUGCAGCACGGUCAGCAUGAUCUUGGACAGUCCAUAUUUUACACAACAACUUGCCUCCUGCCCUUUCUCAGUGACGAUAUUCUCAGCACUUUACCCUACACUAUGAUCUCCACUUUAGCUACAUUCCCCCCAUUCCUUCACAAAGACAUCAUUGAGUACCUGAGCACCUCUUUCCUCCCCAUGGCUAUAUUGGGUUCCACUAGAAGAGAAGGGGGCGUCCCAGCAUAUGUCAAUCUCUCUGCCUCCUCCAUGCUAAUGAUUGCUAUGCAGUACACUUCCAACCCAGUAUACCACUGUCAGUUGUUGGAGUGUCUUAUGAAGCACAAGCAGGAAGUGUGGAAGGACCUGCUGUAUGUCAUAUCCUACGGACCAUCCCAAGUCAAGCCUCCAGCCGUGCAGAUGCUCUUUCAUUACUGGCCAAAUCUAAAGCCCCCAGGAGCCAUCAGUGAAUACAGUGGACUGCAAUACACAGCCUGGAACCCCAUCCAUUGCCAACACAUUGAGUGUCACAAUGCCAUCAAUAAACCUGCUGUCAAGAUGUGCAUCGACCCCACCCUCUCCGUUGCACUGGGAGACAAGCCCCCCCCUCUAUACAUCUGUGAGGAGUGCAGCCAACGGAUAGCAGGAGACCAUUCAGAAUGGCUUGUUGAUGUGCUCUUGCCCCAAGCUGAGAUAUCUGCUAUUUGUCAAAAGAAGAACUGUAGCUCUCAUGUCAGGAGGGCAGUUGUCACCUGCUUCUCAGCUGGUUGCUGCGGGCGCCAUGGCAACCGACCCGUCCGCUACUGCAAGCGUUGCCAUGUCAACCACCACAGCAGCGAGGUGGGGACUGCGGCGGAGACCCAUCUGUACCAGACCUCCCCACCUCCCAUCAACACCCGCGAGUGUGGGGCAGAGGAGCUGGUGUGUACUGUGGAGGCUGUUAUCAGUCUACUGAAGGAGGCAGAGAUCCACGCGGAGCUGCGUGAGUUUGAGCUGAACAGGCGUCGUCAGAUGGGCCUGUCUGCCUCCCACCACUCCCUGGACAACAUCGACUUUGACAACAAGGAGGACGACCAGCACGACCAGAGGCUCCUCAGUCAGUUUGGCAUCUGGUUCCUGGUGAGCCUGUGCACCCCCAGUGAGAACACGCCCACUGAGAGCCUGGCGCGGCUGGUGAGCAUGGUGUUCCAGUGGUUCCACUCCACAGCCUACAUGAUGGACGACGAGGUGGGCUCCCUGGUGGAGAAGCUCAAGCCCCAGUUUGUCACCAAGUGGCUGAAGACCGUGUGUGACGUGCGCUUCGACGUCAUGGUGAUGUGCCUGCUGCCCAAGCCGGUGGAGUUUGCCAGGGUGGGGGGUUACUGGGAUAAGUCUUGCAGCACGGUGACCCAGCUGAAGGAGGGGCUGAACCGGAUCCUGUGCCUGAUCCCCUACAAUGUGAUCAGCCAGCCGCUGUGGGAGUGCUUCAUGCCAGAGUGGCUGGAGGCCAUCCGCACUGAGGUGCCUGACCAGCAGCUCAAGGAGUUCAGAGAAGUGCUCAGCAAGAUGUUUGACAUUGAGCUGUGUCCUCUGCCCUUCUCCAUGGAGGAGAUGUUUGGGUUCAUUAGCUGCAGGUUCUCAGGCUACCCAGCCUCUGUGCAGGAGCAGGCUCUGCUCUGGCUGCAUGUGUUGUCAGAGCUGGACAUUGUGGUGCCUCUGCAGCUGUUGAUCGGGAUGUUCUUUGACGGGGUGAACUCAGUGAAGGAACUGGCCAAUCAGAGAAAGACUCGAGUCUCAGAUCUAACUGGUGAAAAUACUGAGGCUCGGAGGGAAAGCGUGGUUUCAGAUCCAGGCCAUCUUGGGCCGCACAACACUGUGAGCCCAUUCCCCAGUCCGUUCCGGAGCCCAUUCCGGAGCCCCCUGCACUGCAGCCCCUUUAAGAACCUGGGCCAUGCUACGGGACACUGUGCCCUGGACCUGGACUGUGACGACGAUGACAUGAACCUGGGCUGUUUCAUUCUCAUGUUCGACCUCAUCCUCAAACAGAUGGAGCUCCAGGAUGACGGUGUGAUGCUCGGUCUGGAAAGCAGCCUGGGGAAGGACAUUGUGGGCAUCAUCAACAACGUCUUCCAGGCCCCAUGGGGGGGCUCCCACACCUGUCAGAAGGACGAGAAGGCCCUGGAGUGCAGCCUGUGCCAGUCCAGCAUUUUGUGCUACCAGCUAGGCUGUGAGCUCCUGGAGAGACUCACCCCCAGGGAGGAGAUACGUCUGGUGGAGUCAACAGACAUCUUGGAGGACACAUUGCUGUUGCCUCAAGUGUUUGGGCCUGAACAACGGACAAAGCAAGGGGCAGAGGAAGCGGACAACCCUGCCAGCACACACACUGACAACCCUACAAUUCAAAGUUACUCUCCUGACAACCCACCAAUGAAGAAUAAUGCUGAUAAGAAGUUUUCCUACCAGCAGCUCCCUGUGUCUCUCAAGCUAAUAUACACUAUUCUGCAGGAAAUGUCUAAGUUUGAGGAGCCUGAUAUCCUGUUCAACAUGCUGAACUGUCUGAAGAUCCUGUGUCUCCACGGAGAGUGUCUGUACCUGGCCCGUAAGGACCACCCCCAUUUCCUGGCCCACAUCCAGGAGAAGAUGCUCAUUCCCAGCCUGUGGACCAUGCUGAAGUCCGAGUUCUGCCAGCUGGCCUCCCUGGCCGUGCCCCAGCUUCUGCAUGCCCUCUCCCUCUCCCACGGAGCAGACAUCUUUUGGAACCUGGUGGACAGCAACUUUAACAGCAAGGACUGGAAGAUACGCUUCGAAGCAGUGGAGAAGGUGGCUGUGCUCUGUCGGUUCCUAGACAUUGGUUCUUUGACGAAGAACCACCUGCUGAAGUACUCCCUGGCCCACGCCUUCUGCAGCUUCCUGGCCUCUGUGGAGGAUGUCAACCCGGCCGUGGCCACACGCGCCAGGCUGCUGCUGGACACCAUCAAGAGCCCAGCACUACAGGGCUUGUGUCUGUGCCUGGACUUCCAGUUCGACACGGUGGUGAGGGACCGGCCCAUCAUCCUCAGCAAGCUGCUGAUGCUGCACCACCUGAAGCAGGAAGUCCCUGCCCUCAGCUGGGAGUUCUUUGUCAACCGCUUCGAGACGCUCUCCCUGGAGGCCCAGCUCCACCUGGACUGCAACAAGGAGUUCCCUUUUCCCACCACCAUCACAGCUGUGCGUACCAACGUGGCCAACCUUAGUGAUGCAGCGAUGUGGAAAAUCAGACGGGCGCGCUUUGCCAGGAACCGCCAGAAGAGUGUGCGUUCCCUCCGUGACAGCAUCAAGGGCCCGUCCACAACCAAGCGAGCCUUCUCCCUCCCAGAGACUCUGUGUAACCGACUACCUUUAAGGCUUACGAGGCAAGAGCACUCUGCCCCGACUCUGGGAGAUAUGAUAGAGAAAGUCCUGCCAGGCCACAGCCCCUCAAUGGAGGAUGACUCGGUCAUCAGGGACCUGCUCCCAGAGGAUGCUGGGAUAGAUCACCAGACGGUGCACCAGCUCAUCAUGGUACUCAUGAAGUUCAUGGCCAAAGACAAGAGCAGUGCCGAGGCAGACAUCGGCAGUGCCAAGGCCUUCAACUCGGUGAAGCGCCACCUGUAUGUGCUGCUGGGCUAUGACCAGCAGGAGGGUUGCUUCAUGAUCGCACCGCAAAAGAUGAGGACCUCCACCUGCUUCAAUGCUUUCAUUGCUGGCAUCGCACAGGUGAUGGACUACAACAUUGGGCUGGGGAAGCAGCUGCUCCCCCUGGUGGUCCAGGUGUUGAAGUACUGCACCUGCCCCCAGCUCAGACACUACUUCCAGCAGCCGCCGCGUUGCUCUCUCUGGGCCCUGCAGCCACACAUCAGACAGAUGUGGCUCAAAGCCCUGCUGGUCAUCCUCUACAAGUACCCAUACAGGGACAUGGAUGUAAGUAAAGGAGUUCUGCACCUGAUCCACAUCACCAUCAACACCCUGAAUGCCCAGUACCACAGCUGUAGACCCCAUGCCACUGCUGGACCCCUCUAUAGUGACAACUCCAACAUUAGCCGCUACAACGAGAAAGAGAAAGAGGAGGACAGUGUGUUUGAUGAGUCUGACGUUCAUGACACACCAACUGGAGCAGGCAACAAGGAGUCUCAGACCUUCUUCGCCCGUCUGAAAAGGAUCGGUGGCAGCAAGUCUGUCAAGUACCAGCCGGUAGAGCUGAAUGCCCAGAAAAGUGAAAUUGAGCUGUCUGAGUACCGUGAGGCCAGUGCAGUGCAGGACAACAUCUUGCACUGUGUGAGGGAGGAGAGCACCAGGAAGAAGCGUCUGCAGGCCAUGCACAAGCAGAAGUCCCUGGACAUUUCCAACACCGACUCCAUCCUCUACAACCUGGACGAGCACCGACGCAAGUCCUGCAUAGACCGCUGUGACCUGCAGCAUGGUACCCCCGGGCCCCCCUCCUCCACCACCUCCCACCCCAGGCGGACAGGGGGCCAUGGGAAGGGCUCGUCAGACGGCUCCUCAGGCCGAGCGGAGGGCAGUGACCACCAGGACCGUUCAGGAACCCGGGGGGGCCACUCAGACUGCUCGAGGCCUGUCAUCCCAGAGGUGCGUCUCAGCUGCAUGGAGACGUUUGAGGACAAGGCCGACUUGGACUCCCCUCUUACAGGCGGCUCUUCUGCAGAGAAGGAGGACCAGGACCUCAUUGACCUCUCCUCCGACUGCACUUCAAUCCCAGAGAAGCACUCCAUCCUCUCCAUGUCCGACAGUGACUCCCUGGUGUUUGAGCCCCUACCACCACUGAGGAUCGUGGAGAGUGACGAGGAGUUUGACCUGAACAUGGUGAUGGGCCCCAGGCUGAAUGGGAGUGCCAGGCCCCCUGCUUCCCCUGCCAGGCCUGCUGCCUCCCCUGCCAGGUAUGCUGCCUCCCCUGCCAAGCCCGCUGCCUCCCCUGCCAGGCCCACUGCCUCCCCUGCCAGCAGCAGCACCGUGUGCCUGUCCCCCAUGGUGCAGGUGAGCGUGGAGGACUGUUCUAAGGAGAAGAGGACCACAGACUCCCCAUCAAAAGAAAGCCCCCAACAGCCUCUACAGAGGAGACCACACUAUGCAACCCCCACCACCUCCCUGGAGCUGCCUGACCGGUCGGAGCACCCUGGCCUGGAGAGCCCCAUGACUCUCAGCUUACAACAGAAGAGGGACCUGCUGAGGAAGACCCCUGCUGUCCCUGACACCUCCCUGGAUGACUUUGUGCAUCCUGAGGACUUGAAGGCAGGGGUGGGUCUGGGGACCAGUCCCUCUGGCAGGAUGAUCUUCCUGGACAUCCCUGAGGACACAGUUGAACCCCUCACCUCUCUGGAGGGGAACAACAACGACGAAGAGGAAUAUUAUGAAGAAGAUGAUGAGGACCUUGAUGACAGUGACUUUAAACCUGAUGAUGAUGAGAACGACGAGGCAGCGUUUAAGAUCCAGAUAGUUCCCCGGCAACGCAAACAGAGGAAGAUAGCUGUGAGUGCCAUCCAGAGAGAGUACCUGGACAUCUCCUUCAACACCCUGGACAAGCUGGGUGAGCAGCCCACUGACACAGAUCACAAAGUUCUGUCUACCCUGGAAAAGCCACGGGAAUCCGCCUCAGCCCCCACCCUUGAAGCUGCUAUCCCAGAAACAAGCAACCGCUCUUCAGUAUCAACUCAGUACCGUCAGGCAAAGCGAGGCUCGUUGGGAGCUCUAACCAUGAGCCAGCUGAUGAAGAGACAGCUGGAGCACCAGUCCAGUGCCCCUCACAACAUCAGCACCUGGGAGACAGGCCCCACCAAGACCAGCCUCCUAUCUGCCCCCAGUACAGUCAGCAUGUUUGUGCCUGCCCCUGAGGAGUUCAUUGAUGACCAGCCCACCACCAUGACUGACAGGUGUCGUGACUGUGGUGCGGUGCUAGAGGAGUAUGAUGAGGAGACCCUGGGCCUGGCAGUGGUGGUGCUCUCCAUGUUCAUCCACCUCAGCCCUGACCAAGCUGCUCCACUGCUUCUGGACAUCAUGCAGUCUGUGGGCAGGCUGGCGUCUAGUGCUAAUUUCUCUGGGCAAGCUGAGAGCAUGCUGAUCCCUGGCAACGCAGCAGGUGUGGCUAAGCAGUUCCUCCGCUGUGUGUUCCAUCAGCUGGCCCCCAAUGGCAUCCUGCCCCAGCUCUUCCAGAGCAACAUCAAAGAUGGAGGUUUUCUGAGAACAUUGGCCUUUUCCCUGAUUGAUUUUAAUGAACUGAGUUCUGUGGCUGCACUGAACCAGCUGCUGGAGGGUCUGAACAACAAGAAGAGUCUACCAGCAGGGGGCACCAUGCUGCACUGCCUGGGGAACAUCGCCACCUUCAUGGAGGCCCUGCCCAUGGACUCCCCCAGCAAUUUGUGGACCACCAUCUGCAAUCAGUUCCAGACCUUCCUCACUAAACUACCCUCUGUGCUGCCUCUGAAGUGUCCCCUGGACUCCAGUUUGAGGAUCAUCAUUUGCCUGUUGAAGAUCCCCACCACAAGUGCAACACGGAGCUUACUGGAGCCCUCCAAACUGCGGAGCUUUGUCAUCCAGUAUGGAGUGUUCAGCCUCUCUUACCCUGGUGAGCUGUGUGGCCUCUGCUACAAAGCCUUCAAUAAGGAGCGAGAUAAGUUCUAUAUGUCUCGUAUUGUGGUGCUGGAGCUUCUACAGGCUCUGAAGUUCAAGUCUCCUCUACCCGAUACUAACCUGCUACUGCUUGUCCAGUUUGUUUGUUCAGAUAUUGGUACGAGGCUAGCAGAGUCUACUGUUCUCUCAAAGCACAUGAUCUCAUCUCUUCCAGGGUGCACGACAGCAGCAAUGGAAUGCAUGAGGCAAUACAUCAGUGAACUUCUAGACUUCAUAGCGGAUAUGCACACACUGACCAAACUAAAAAGCCAUAUGAAGGCGUGUUGUCAGCCACUGCACGAGGACACAUUCGGAGGGAACCUGAAAGUGGGCCUGGCACAGGUAGCUGCCAUGGAGAUCAGCAAAGGCAAUCACCGUGACAACAAGGCAGUGAUCCGUUAUCUGCCCUGGCUCUACCAUCCCCCGUCCGCCAUGCAGCAGGGACCUAAGGAGUUCAUUGAAUGUGUGUCCCACAUCCGCCAGCUGUCCUGGCUGCUCCUGGGCUCCCUGACCCACUAUGCCCUGCACCAGGGCUCCACCUCCUGUAUGCCCAUCCCCCUGGACGCUGGCUCACACAUCGCUGACCACCUCAUCGUCAUCCUCAUCGGCUUCCCUGAACAAUCCAAGACGUCAGUGCUGCACAUGUGCUCCCUGUUCCAUGCCUUCAUGUUUGCCCAGCUGUGGACCAUCUACUGUGAGCAGUCGGCGGCCACUCCGGCCCUGCAGAACCAGAAUCAGACAGAGUUCUCCUCCAACGCCAUCCUGACCGGCCUGGAGUUCUGGAGCCGCGUCACACCCAGCAUCUUGCAGCUCAUGGCCCACAACAAAGUGAUGGUGGAGAUGGUGUGUCUACAUGUCAUUAGCCUGAUGGAGGCUCUACAAGAAUGCAACUCAACUAUCUUUGUGAAGUUAAUACCUAUGUGGUUGCCCAUGAUUCAAUCUAACCUAAAGCACCUGUCUGCAGGGCUACAGCUGCGGCUGCAGGCCAUCCAGAACAGAGUGAACCACCAGUGUGUGCAGGGCCAGGCGGCUGGGGCCCUGCCCUUCGCCCUGCGCAAGUGGCUGCAGUGCACACAGUUCAAGAUGGCCCAGGUGGAAAUCCAGUCAUCCGAGGCUGCCUCACAGUUCUACCCCAUGUGACCUGCCCACCUCUCACUAUGGGAGAUCCUCCAAGACCCAGUCCUCCUCAGGACCAGCAUGCAUCUGUUUGCUGCCUGCCUGACCAUAAACAUCAGGAAGUCGACUCCUGCAUAAACUGACUCUCGCCGUCUUAAGACACUGCUUCCGACGUAAUCAUCUUCAGCACCUUCUAAACUUUGUAUAUCUAUACUAUUCUUUGGUGCAAUGAAAGGAUAGGUGAGUACAGGUUGGGCAGGUGUGCAGAUGUAGGGGGAUCACAGUUCUGUAGAUAGCAGGUUAGGUGUCCAACAUGCUGUGUGCUGCAUCAGAGGUUAGAACAGAUGGAGAGAAUAUAUAGCAGCAGAUGAUAGUCUGGAUGAGGAAUGCUGAAGCUCAGACUUGUUCACUUGGUGAUUCUCAUGGUCUAUAUCGUUAUGUUCAGUUGCUUGGUUGCAAGCCUGAUAAAAAUAAUAAAAUCAAGACACAUUUUCUAAA